UAAGGAUUCAAACAGGUAAAUUAUCAGAGUUUUUGACAACAUCUUGCUUCACACACUUGAGCUUCAUGGAUCCUGGACCUGAGGGUAAGCUGUACAGUGAAGAUUAUGAUGAGGACUAUGAUGAGCUGGAAUCUGGCAACUGGAUGGAUGGCUGUGACUCAACCACUAAUGCUCGCUGUGGUGAUGAAGUUGCUCGUUAUUUAGAUCACCUUUUGGCACACACUGCUCCCCAUCCUAAACUAGCUCCUACCUCACAGAAGGGAGGGCUAGAUCGGUUCCGAGCUGCUGUGCAAACAACCUGCGACUUAAUGUCCUUGGUGACCAAGGCCAAGGAGCUCCAUGUACAGAGUGAGUAAUGCCAUGAGUCCCUAGAGUCAGGCACAGGAUGACAUGAAGCCCAGGAUGGGGGCGGGACAUUGAUUACACUGUAAGCAGGAACUCUUUUUUUGUUUGUUUGUUUGUUUACUGCUUCCCAGCAUCUUGUACAGCACCUACAACACUUAAACAUUUGUGAAAUAAAUUCAUUUGGAUAAAUUCUUGCUGUGGAUAGUGCUAUGGAGUCUAGUUCAACCAGGAACACAGUAGGGAGAGACAGGACAACCAACAUGGAGCAUAUUCAAUUUUUAAAAAAUUUUAUCAUAGUAAAAAAUGGUAAGAACCUUUUCCUAUGAAAAAAGUUACUCCUUUGGAAUUAAUUUAGUUUAAGGAGAAAGAAUAACAAAGGUAUUACAGGAUAGUCGGGAAACGGACAGAUUCUCCCUUAAGUGAGUUACAACUGGUUCCCUCAGGCCAGCUGUAACUUUUACAGUCAGUUGUUCUAGCCAUGUAGAUUUCAAAUACAGUAAUCAUUUGUCACAACUUUCUCAUGCUUCUCCCCAUGACCACUACCUUCUUCAGUAAUGUUUGCAGUGGGAGAUGUCUGUUACUAUAUAUAGUAGGAGUAGUCAUGGUUCCUAAGACUAUUCAAUGCCUCCAGGGUAUGAAAGGAGAAAAGGGCUCCUUGGCCACACCUAGACAACCUGAAUGUUAACAUACAGAUAAUGACAGUGAUUGAGAUGCAUGUUCUUGCUAUCUAAAAAUUUUAUUGACAAUUACUAACCAUAAAUAUUAAAUGUGAGUACUAAGGGAUCAUUUAACAUCUAUAAUGGGAAAAUGGCUAGCAUUCCCUUUGGGUAUAUUCCCUGGAAAAAGGGCUUAUGCAAAGAAAUGAACUUUAUUACACCAUACUUCUUGAUUAUGAAUCAGCAAAUUUGAGUUUAAUUCCCAGAUCUGCUACUUACUUGCUUGGACAGUUGUUUUAGCUGUGUAUCUCUCUGUAUUUGUAAAAUUGUUAAAAUGACAAGAGAGUCUCUCCUUACAUGUUGUGGUAAGUAUUUAACCAAUGGAGUAUAAGUAAAAAAUAUUAGGAAUAUUUCAAAGUUGAUCAGCCACUGCAUCUUUUUUAUUUCCAAGAUAGGAUCAUCUUGUCACCUAUUCUCAGGGAAUUCCAACCACUAAUGAUCAAAUAUUUUCCUUAGAUACUUCUAGGAAAGUUCAGAAAAUAUAAAAUGUAAUUGAGUUGUUUCUAUUAUAUGUAGUAUUCUAUCAAAGAAUCAAUGGUAGUACCAUUGUGGUAUUGAUCAUAGAUCAUAUCAGUAAAUUUAA